AGCCUCCAAAGGCGGAUAGCCGUCUGUUAGUCCGCUGCUUCUUGGUCUUUAUCAGCUUUCUUGAAUUCUUCACGGGUGUAACAGAGGUAUGGAUCCAAACCAAAUCAUGGAAAUCAUGGAAAGAUUCUAUUGGCCGCGGCGUGUACACGAGAACCGUCCUCCCGAUGUCAUUGUUGGCAUAGAUGUCGGAAUGUGCUACACCAAGGUGGCCUACACAAUCAGACAGGAUGAUACUUUUGGCGUCAUCAAAGCGAUUCAAAAUUGGCAGAACAUGGGAGGUGAGCAGGAUGAGGCAAACUAUGUCCCCACCUUGUUAGGUUACGAAAGGGGCCACGACAUCAUGCAGGAUGCACCUCAGUUUGUUGGUUUCCCCCGCAAGGAAGACAAAAGAAACCCAGACUUGAAGUUCUACGAGUGGUUCAAGAGGGACUUCCCUGCCAACCUCUCAUCCAAGGACCGUGACCCUCCACCGUUCUGGCCAAGGACUUCUGAUGACACCGAGACCCAUGUUCUCUACAGAACCUUCCUUGCCGAACUGUACGCGUCCAUAGAGUCAGUCCUCUCCCCUAUGCUACAGAGGAAUGGACUGGACUGGAACCAUGCGCAAAUCGAGUUUAUAUUCAGUGUGCCGGCCACCUGGAACCGACCCAAUGAGACCUUGGGCAUGGUUGCCGACAGCCUAAAGAUGGUUGCCAAGGAAGCGAGGUUUGAAGGUGAGAGACGCGUUGUCAAGAUUGGAAUGACAGAACCCGAGGCUGCCGCGGCGUAUGCUCUCGCCACACAUGAAGAUUUGAUAAAGAGCGGAAAAACCAUCUUGAUAGUCGACGCCGGUGGUGGCACCACGGAUCUCUGCUUGCUUAAGAUGGAACAGUCCCAAGGCAAACAGUUUGAGAUGGACCCGUUAAGCGCCCCUAUGGGAGAAGACUUGGGCGCCACCCAUAUCGAUCGCGGGUUUGAAGAUCUGGCCGUGAAAAAGCUGACAUGCCUUCACGAAGAGGCGAAUAUACAGAAAGAGUGGAACUUCAAAGAGAUGGCUCGAAAGAUGCGCGAUUCGUCUGAGUUCCAAAACUUCAAAGAGUUGUUGAAUCUGGACAAAGCCAGGAGCGACCAAUUCUUCACGGUACCACUACCGGAAUCUAGUGCCAACGACAUGCCUCAGCACGCACAAGUCUACGGGGUAGUCAAUGCGUCAAUGAAAUUCAAGUGGAGCGAGCUAGCUAAGAUCUUCGACACGGUCAUCCAAGACCGACAAGUCAUCCGGAAAGGUCGUCCUGAAACGUUGCCGGGCUUGAAGAAGCUGAUCCAGCGAGCGCGAGACGAGUUGCGGUAUCGCGGCAAUAACCAUGGUGGCUCCAGGUCACCGAACAAUGCCACAGACGACGUUUCGGUUAUACUGAUGUCCGGAGGUCUCGGCCGAUCCGAGUAUAUCAUGCAAAGAAUCACCGAAUACCUUUCUCAACAAGAGGACACUAUCGGCCCAGCGCCAGAAGUGCGCAUCAUUGGGGAACCGCAGUUGUGUGUAUGUAAAGGCCUGCUGAAGAACAGGCUCUACACCAUCUUUCGGACGCAGAGGUGCAACGGCAACUACGGCAUAUUAGAGUACAAACCGUACAAAAAGUUUUAUCCGACGCAUUUUAUAGCCAACCAAGCCAACCAUGUGAAGAAAAUAGGAGGUAGUCGAUUCAAGGAAGAAGUCAAGUGGUUAAUCCAAAAGGGUGAAAAAAUUGUCGAGGAGCCUAUCAGGUAUACCUGUUUCUUGGAACAGUUCCGUGAGAAUAAUGAAAAGCCGCAUAUUACGCUCAUAGUCUCGGAAGACUCAAGAGGCCAGCGGUUUCCCAGUCAUGAUGACUUUCUCUGCAAGAUCGAGUUCGACAAACCACUAGAUUACAAUCCAAAAGUGAAGAAACUUUACUGUGAGGUGGAACUGAUAUUCAAUGUCGCAUCUCUCAUGGUGAACUGUUGGUCACCAAGUGAGCCUGGUAGGCGAACACUUGUUGGGAAAUACAACGGAGAUUACGGUCACUUCAGAGCGCGAGAGUCCAGAUGAUGGUUACUUUAUGGAUCAAGUAUCGGCAAAUUUGGAGUUUAUGACGCGAAUGGACGUUUGUAGCGCACUUAUAGCCUCUUUCGCGCUCGUGUAAGAUCGUUGCUAUUACUGGCUAGGUGAAUAGUAUCAUGACCUGUCCUC